AUGAAGGAAAAUAUUGUGGAUGUUCCACUCAUAGAGUUUCUUAAAAAUCGAGUUUAUUUAGGUGCUUUUGAUUACACUCCAACAGACACUAAAGACUUAGUCCAUUUCACAGUAGAAGACGCAUUACCAUACAAUGCCUUCCAUUUAGACUUUGGUCCAUUGAACAUUGGUAAUUUAUAUCGAUUCGCGGUAGUUUUGCAUAAUUUGUUAAACGAUGAAUCUAAUCAAGGAAAAGGCGCCGUAUUCUAUAGUUCCACAGACCCAAAGCUGAGAGCCAACGCUGCAUGUUUAUUAUGUUGUUAUAUGGUCCUAGUCCAAUCUUGGUCACCUCAUCAAGUUCUUCAACCUAUUUCUCAAAUUGAUCCCCCAUUUCAAGGUUUCAGAGAUGCAGGAUAUUCGAAAUCAGAUUAUGAGAUUACGAUUCAAGAUGUUGUAUAUGCCAUGUGGAGAGCUAAGGAAAGAGGAAUGAUUGAUUUGACUUCGUUUGAUUUAGAAGAAUAUGAACAAUAUGAACGUGUUGAACAAGGGGAUUUUAAUGUUAUUUCAAAGGAUUUUAUUGCAUUUGCAUCACCACAACAAGGAAGACGAAAUGUUUUGAAUGCGCCAUUUAGAAAAGUAUUGAAUUAUUUUGCUGAUAAUGAUGUGAAAUUGGUUGUAAGAUUAAAUUCUCAUUUAUAUGAUGCUCGUGAAUUCACCAAAAGAAAUAUCCAACAUAUAGAUAUGAUCUUUGAUGAUGGGACAUGUCCAACUUUAGAAUACGUUCAAAAAUUCAUAGGGGCAGCUGAAUGUAUUAUAAGCAAAGGUGGAAAAAUCGCUGUACAUUGUAAAGCUGGUUUAGGUAGAACUGGAUGUUUAAUUGGAGCUCAUCUUAUAUAUACUCAUGGUUUCACGGCUAAUGAAUGUAUUGCAUAUAUGAGAAUGAUAAGACCAGGAAUGGUAGUUGGACCACAACAACAUUGGUUAUAUCUUCAUCAAAACGAUUUCCGGGAUUGGAGACAUACAAUGGUCUUAGAUAAUAGACCAGAUGAAUUUAUUGGUGGAUUAUUCCCAUUAUGUCCAUAUGAUGAAUUUAAACAAAGAAUGAAAGCUGAACUUAAACAAAGAAAAUUACAAAGUCAACAAACUAUUAAUUCAUCAUUCAGUCAUGCUGAUUCAUCAUUCCAAACUCCAAUUAGAAGAAGAAAAAUUAGUGGUGCUUUGGCAGCAAAGAUCCAAACCGCCGUACCUAUGAAUUCCCCAGGUCAACCAAGGAAAUAUAAUGAAGAUGACAAACAAGUGGAAGAAGAAGAGGAAGAAGGAGAACGCGUAAUGGAUGUGACUAAUGAUAGCAUUGAUCUUAUCAAUAAUUCUGAUGUUGAAGAAGAAAAUAAUUCAGCUACUAUGCAAGAUAUUGACAGUUCACCGAAUAAAUAUAGCAAUGACACCAUUAUGAAAACUCCCGAUAGUACAGUUUCAACUAAACGUGAUCAAGAUUGGCGUGUCUUAAGAUCCAUAUCGGCAAAUUCCAGAACUCCACAACCUGUUCAUUUAACCAAGACUACCACAACCACCACAACCACGAAAACGAUUAGUGUGCUUGGUGGAUCAUCCCCACAAAGUUCUCCAACUAUCAAAAUGCCAAAGGCAAGAAAGAGUAGAGCUCUGAGUGCAGUCAUUCAACAGAGUCAUCCUAAUCAAUUCCAAGGUACUAGAGUUCUUUCCGGUGGGAUUAGAAAAUCAAGUGGUAAGAAAUAUUAA